CCAGGAAGGAAAGCUAAACUCGAGGCACGCCUGUCUCCCGAGCCUACCCGCGCGUCCGAGUGCGUCGUGGUUCCGCGCUCAUACUUCUUGGCUUACUCAGCAAUCCAAGACACGGCAUUAAGUGUCUGCGCAGCUGAGCAUAUUAACUUUCCGAGAGGUCAUCGACACCUGCCUAAUCGGGGCAUGCCCCCGACGUCCGUUUCAAGGCGCGCGCCCAGCGGAGCCGAACCGCGGAAUCGGUUGGCCGGCGGCUAUCGCCCGCCCCUUGUUUUGAACACACCGCUACCCGAAAAAUACGGGGAUCUGGGUGUUGUCAUGAUGCUCCCGAGACAUAUAUUAAAGGACGCCGGCAAAAUCCCGCAAUUGGCGGCACAAACGAUUUUGGGCGAGGGAAGAAAAAAAGGUAGUGGCAGAAGCUGCGCGGCGCAAAUGGCCCACGGCUGGAAUCGGGACGGCCGCCGCAGAACACCCGUGCACCUCCGGCCGGGGCUUAAUCUCCGGAACAUCGGCGCGGCUCGCCGGAACAUGCUCGUACUGGAGAGCUGUGGCCAGCCUCACGCCAUAAAUGCCUUCAAUUUCUUUUUUUUAUCUUUUUUUAUUGAUGCUAUUCGCUGCGUUUUUGCCAGGUGCUGGCCCGGUUCUUCCCUGCACGGGCGGUGACCGUGGGCGUGUAUGCAGGAGCCACAUUGGGCCAAUCUGCCUCGGCGGCCCGCUGAUUAUGAGCAAAUAGGGCGCCCGUUUUUCGCUCGCGUAAUGUGCCCACUGCUUAUUGGCUACAGGCGGUCACGUGCCGCCGCUUCUGGACGUACCGAAGAGUGCCGUGCCCUGUUUUGCCCGGGUGCA